AUGAAAAAAGGUGUAAAGUAUCCAUUAAAAGUAGAUUCCAACUUAUCGACAGUAUCAUCAUCAGUUAACUAUCCAGAUAUAGAAUGUCUUGAUAUUAAAGCAAAUGGAAACUAUAUUGUUAGAUUUAUGCACAGAGAAUGGGUUGGUCCACUAACUGAGUUAUCUAACCCCAAAACAUCAAUUAAAAUUUCAAUUGAUAUUAAAGAAUGCACAGUAACAGCAACACAUACAGAUAAAAAGAAAACAGUUCAUCGUUGGGGUGGAGAAACCAAAGAAAAAAAAAGUGGUUUAGGUGGAGUUAAUAAUGACGAAGAUAAUCCUGUUCAAUACGAGACUUUUUCAUCAAAUUCAUUUAAUCCAGAAAAAUACGUAAAUGAUUUAUUUACACAUAAAACAGAUUUACAAGCGAAUACACAUUUAAAUUGGUUAGAGGAAAGAAAGACAGGAUGUAUUGAUCAUUUAAAAAAGGAUGUAUAUAAAAAUCAUUUAAUAUUUAUAGGCGCCUCAAAAGAAAUUGCAAAUUCUGAAGUAGAUAUGUUGGAUUUUAGAAACUUGGUCACAGAUUAUGGCAAUAAUAUAUCAUCAUUACAAAAUUUAUCAAUUAGUUGGGAUCAUUAUAAAGUUAAAAAAAAUAAUAAAAUCGAUUUUGAACCAUUAUCACCAGCAACCGAGCCUAUUCAAUGGUUAACAACUGCUCCAAAUGAAUUAAGUGUUUCGAUUGAACAAAGAGAAUUUGAAACUGCUGUUAGUUUAGUUGAAAAAAUAAAUAAAAUUUACGAAUCAAACCCAAAAGUAGAAAUUGUUAUGCAAACCCAUCCUUUAAAAGAUAGAAUUGAGUCAAAAGUAAAGAUAUUGACAGAUAAAUUGAUGAACGAAUUAAGAAGCCCAUUAUUAAAACCAAACCAAAUUAAAGAAACAAUAUCCCUAUUGGUUAGAUUAUCACAAAAUGAUAAAGCCAAAACUAUAUUUUUAGAAAGUAGAAGCCAUGCAAUCAAUUUAGCAGUUAAAAAGAUAGCACUCAGUGGAGAUUUAAACAGAUAUAUUAGCGAAUUAACAAGAGUGGUUUUUAAUAAUAUUAAUGCAACAUGCAAUGAUUUUACAAAUUCCUUCCCUUCCUAUAUGAAUAGUGGUUUAAUUUCUUGGGUAAUUGACGAAUUGGUUCUAAUUUCAGAUAUAUUUAAUAGAAAAGUAUUUAUUUUAGAUAGUUUUUAUUCAAUUUCACAAGUUAUUAGAAUUGUUGAAUCACAUUGCGAAAUGAUGGAUCAAACAGGUUUAUCAAUUGGAUUUUAUUGGAAUUUAUUAUUACAGCCUCAUAUUGAACAAUUGAUUGUAAAUUACGAAUUAAAAAUUAGAGAUAAUGUUUUACAUCAUCUAAUGGACGAAAAAUGGAUUGGUAUUACCAACUGGGAUUAUGAAUUAAAAACAAGUCCAACUCCAGGCAAUAGCGCACCAUCGUCACUUAAAAAUAGCGCUGGAUCAAGUAAUAGUACACCAAAACAAAAGCAACCAAACAUGUAUCAAAACAACUAUGAAAAUGAAAAUGAAGAAAUUGAUCAUAGCAAACUAAAGCUUACAGAAAGUACUAUAUUUUUAAAUACAAUUAUUCAAAAGUUUGCAAAUGAUAUUUGUCAAAUUAUAUCAAUUGACUUGGUUCCAGUAAUCUCACAAUCAUUGGGUAAAAUAUUUAGUGCCUAUAUGAACUAUUUACAAAACGAAAUUCAAAAAGAUAGUUUAACAGAUAUUCAAUGCUUAGCUAUUAUUAGUGACUCUGUAUUUAUUGUUGACGAUUUAGUAUUCAGAAUUGCCACACGUUUCGAAGAUGCCACUGGAGAAAAACUAAAUAAUUUAAAACAACUCUCUCAAUCACUUUACAACUUAUUUGAAUCAAUUCGUGACCAAUACGCCUCAAGAAAAGCAAUGGAAUUUGUGAUGUAUACAAUCAAAUGGAGUGAAAAUAACUAUAGAGAAGAGUAUGACUUGGCCCAAGGUUUUCUUCCAAAAGAUUUCAUUAUACUCUCUGAUAGCUUGGAUUCCCUAUCUCAAUCAAUUAAAUUAAAUGUAAACUCAGAAUCAAUUUUACCAAUUGCCUCGCGUAUUAUUUCAGAAAUUGUUGUAAUCAUCUCCCAAAGAUUCCAAACUGAUAAAAAUGUAUUAUUCAGCUAUAGCGGUUUACAAUACUUUGUCCUAGAAAUGAAAUAUUUGACAACUUUUGCCGGCAAAUACCCUGUUGAGGACUAUACUUUCGAAUUAAUUAACUCUAUGAUUCAAACCCAUUCAAAUAAUUUUGCAGAAUCAAAUAGCUUGGACCCUUCAACUGUAUUACAACCUGAUGAAUUCUUUACAGGAAUUAUCGAUAGUUUAGUUUACCAAAAAGCUGUUUAUAAUUAA